UGGGGUGUUCAUAGUCCUGAUCGUGUCCCUAGGGUGUCUCUACCUAGUCCUGGAGGACAACAUCGACAUAGUCCAAAUCGCCGACAACGCCUUCUUGCUUUCAGAAAUGGGGUGCUACAUCACCAAAUUCUACCCCUUCAUCGCCAGAGGCGCCCAAAUUAAAAAAUGCAUCCGAUUUUUCGAGGCUCCGUUUUUCAGGAUAUCCUCGCCCAAGCAGAAACUCAUAAUCGAGGACUGUAACAGAACCUGUCGCAAAAUUAACAUGAUAUUUUUGAUUUUUGUGUCGGGUUCUGUGACGAGCUGGGCCGCUAAGCCCUUUUUCUGGAAGGAUUACAGGCUUCCUGUCGAUGUUUGGCUACCCUUUGACGCCUUGUCAGGACCUCGGGUUUAUUAUCCUGUUUACGUGUUUCUCGUAAUAGGGGUGUCGUACGCUGCAUAUAGCAGCGGAGCGAUCGAUCCCCUAAUUGCAGGUCUGGCUUGUCAUGCAACAGGUCAAAUCAGGGUUCUGAAGGAUAAUUUGCAGUAUUUGAACGAGUAUGCGGGGGAAGAAUUGACGAGGAGAAAUUAUCGGCACGACGAGGGAAAUAUUUUGAAGUCGAGGAUUAUUUAUAAUAAGAUUAAGGAGUGCGUUGACCACCAUGAUGCCAUUUUAGAGUUUGUCAAAUUUUAUGAAAAGAGUUUCUCGUUGUCUGUUUUUAGUCAAUUCAUGGGGAGUAUUUUCGUUAUUUGUGUGACGUGUCUUCAGUUAAGUAUGGUGGAUCCUUUGACGUUCGGAUUUGUUUCCCUAAUAAUUUACUUAACAACUAUGCUCAGCGAAAUUUUUCUUUAUUGUUACUUCGGCUCCAUUCUAAUUGAUGAAAGCAAUAGUUUAACGGACGCCAUCUACAUGGGAGAAUGGUACACCUACGACAUUAAAGCAAGACGAAGUCUCAUAACUUUGAUGGAACGCUCAAAAAGACCCAUGGUAGUCACUGCUGGAAAAAUACUAGAUUUAUCUCUGGUCACUUUUACCACCAUUAUCCGGAGGUCCUACUCUUUGUUGGCAGUGUUAAAAAAUUACUAAUCUUUCAAAAGCUAAUAGUGCAAUUGUGAUAGUCAUUACACUAAUCCUGCUAAGUAAAGUAACGUCGCUUAAGAUUUAUAGUUCCGAACUGUCACUUCCAUAAGUUGAAUAUUGUUUAUAUCUCACUGUAGAUCUUCCGCUUUGUUGAUAAUAAAGUUUUAAUUUAAUAAAGAAUGCACCUAUAAGGGUUGUAAAUUAAUAAAUCUUAUUAAUUUGUUAAUACAUACAUAUUUAAAACAUCAAAAAACCGUACGAUCUCGUUCCGUCGGAUACUAGUUCAGCUUUCGUGUUAACAAAAACAGAAAUUUACUUGUUUUAUUACUUACAUUACUUAUUCAAUUUUAAAAUAUCCUGUUUUUCACUCUCACUUUAAAUUAGUGCUUGAAGUAAUUGUGAAAUUGCAUAGAUUACUAUCAAUAUUGUCGUAAAUGCUGGUGAUUUACGUUUAAUUGAUGCGUCGUCUUUCAUUAAAAAAUAAUGGAAUAAAUCGACACAAUUCUACGGAGUGCGCAAUUACAGGUUCGUCGGGUUUGAUUGGCAGGUAGAAUAAUCGAAGUUAUUGUGCUGCGCAAAAGCAAAACAGACCACCUGUAUAAAGCUCUCUGGUUUUUUAUUCAUUACUUCCUUGCCUUCCGAACAGCGUGUAUCAGAACUUGCAAUGAGAAUUAUUUGUGUAAAACGCGUUUCUAAUUUCAGUGAACAAUUUUUAUUAAUGGUUGGGUUAUAUUUACCACUGUGUUCUGGUGUACUUAAUUUGAAGAACGUCUACUAAAUUAUUAAAUGAUAAGUGUUGUAUUGUUGAAGUGUUAUAAUUUCUUGUUUUUAGCUGUUUGCAGGUUGUGUUCGUUGCACUUUCUCUUUUUAAUUAUUGUACCUACAGAUUUAUCUUGGAGGAAGCAGACGAAAUAAGGAACGUUUAAAUAAUAAUAAAAUUCUGGUUACUAGUAAUUGUGAUUAUGUGUGGUAAUAUUUAGCAUCAUUAACGAGAUGGGUUCAUAAAUAAUGUAUUUGAUAUUUACCAAAUAUAAAUAAAUUAUUU